GCCUGACUGCUAUUCACCAACUCAUUGACGUAAACAGCACAGCACUGCAGCCUGCCAGCACCUCCAAACAACACAGGCAGCAUGGAUUUGGUGUCCUCCAUCCUGUCAACCCUCUCUUUGCCUCGCAUCUCAAUCCUGGCCCCCGACCCUCCACCCUCUCCUCCUCCUUCCCCCCUUCAGCAUGCUGAUGUUCUGUGUGGCAGCUGCCCGCCUGGUUCUGCCCCACAGACUAGCACCCUUUGGCCUAGCCAGACGCCCGGGACCGCCUUCCCCAUGUGGCCUGCGCAGACCACCCAGCAAGUCCAGCAGAUCCCGCCCAACCAGCAGGUCCAGCCAACCCAACAGGCCCCCCAACCUGCACCAUGCUGGACCGGGCAGCCUAACACUCCCUGCUGGUUGGGGACUCAACCGUUACCGGUCUCUGGGCCCACUCCUCUUCCAGUACCGCCUCAGGUCCUAACACCCUCCCCUGCCCCAACUGCAAACAUGGUCCCAACCAUGGCUCCGACUCAGAGUCAAAUCUGCCACCCUUGUUGGCCGGGCCAGUACCAGCCUGCCCCGCCGGCUCAGCCUCCCCAGCCACCAGUUCAGGCUCAGGUACCUUUUCAGGUCCCGGCUGUGUCUCCAGUUCCUGUCCCAGCACCUGCUCCCAUUUCCGCCCCUGCUCAUGCUCCAGUUCCGAGCCUCCAGCCAUCUUUGCCGGGAUGGGUUGCCCAUCCUGGUUGGCCUUACAACCCCGGGCAGCCAGGAUGGCCAGGACAGAACCCGGCCCUGGUGCCACAACAGUGGCUGCCACCAACAUCGGGACCACUAAGCGUACCUUACAACCUCAACCUGGCCCGAGGUGUGUAUGACAAGAUGAUGAUGACCAUCUUGGGCCAGAUCAAACCUAAUGCUAAAAUGUUCACCAUAAAUUUCCUGCGAGGCAACGACAUCGCCUUCCACAUCAAUCCUCGCUUCAGCGAGGGGGGCAAGCAGGUGUUGGUGCGUAACCACAAGUUGGGCGAGCGUUGGGGUCCCGAGGAGAGGGACCUGAAGGGACCCUUCCCCUUCGCCCAGGGGAGCCCCUUUGAGAUGAAGAUCUUGUGCACGCAAGACUCAUUCCGUGUGGCGGUCAACAACAUUCCGUUGUUCGAAUUCCGCCACCGCGUUCGCGAGCUCAACCAGAUCAACAGAAUCAACAUCCUGCACGACGUCGUCCUCACUUAUGUCAACGUGGAGACGCUUCCGUAGGACCGCCUGCCAAAGUCGUCAAUGACAUUUUCAUAAGUGUGACAAUACACGUGCCUUCAAUAUUAAGUGCACACUAAUAUUAUUAAAUAUAACAUAUAAUCAGCACUGCUUGGUUUUCAAUGUGUGCAAUCUACCGUGUGAAUUUAUUGUAUACCUUUUCUAUUAACAAAUAAAUGGCUUCAAACAGAA